UUUGGUUUUUUCAAGAAUUUUUUUCAUUUUGAAUCCAAGUUUUGUUUUGUUUCAAAUUCAUUCAAAAUGGUCAUAUCGUUGGAUAAUGAAAUUUCACCAUAUGAACCAUUUGGUCGUUCAAUUAUAGAAUCGAUACCGAAUCCAAAUUUAACAUUACGUCCAACAGAAUCUUCAUCUGAACAACUAUCAGAUGAAAAUUUUUCCUUUAACAAUGAUUUUAUUACAUCCGAAUUAGAUCAAUGUAGAGAUUUAUUUCGGUCGAUCAAUGAAAUCAAUAAUAAUAAUGAUAAAGAUAAUGGUUCAGCUAAAUUGGCUAAAAAUAAAUUUCAAACGAAUGAUUUUUGGCGUCUACGAAAAACGGUUAGAGGUGAAGAAGAAAUUUAUGUCAAUUCAAAUUCAUUAAUUCUUAGCCAUCGACCAUCGAAUAUUGAUGGUGAAUCAUUUUUGGAUAAAUCAUUAACAUUACAGCAUUAUAUUAUCGAUGCUAUUUGGUGUGAUUUUACCAUCACUGAUGAUACUAAUCAAGCCAUAUCAUCAUCAACAGAUAAUGAUAGUCAUUCGAAUGUUAAAAAAGCAAUGAAAAUCUUGAAAACAUUAUGCAUUUUAGAUGAUCAUUAUUGUUUACAUAUUCUAUCGGAUAAUGGUGAUUAUUAUCAAAAAAAUUUACCAUUUCGUAUUGGAAAAAUGUUGGCAACAAUCGAACAUGGAUUAUUAUUCGAACGAAUAAUUGGUUCGGAAUCGAAAGAAAUAUUACAUUAUCCAGCUAUUUAUUCAUUAUCAAAUCCAUUGAAUGAUUUAUCACCAGUUUUGAUGAUAAUGUCUACUAAAUUAUCAUCAUCAUCAACAACAUCGACAUCAAAUCAACAAUUAAAAUUGGUUAAUAUAAUUGCUGAAAAAAAUUUAGCCAUUUUUUAUUGUUAUCAAAAUAAUUGUCAUGUAAUUUAUCAAUUACGUUCAUUGAAAAAUACGGAUAUUCAGCAAUUAUUUCUGUAUCAUCAUCAUCACCAACAACAGCAGCAGCAACAACAACAACAACAUUCGAAUAUUUUAAAUAAUCGAAAAUCAAUGGAUAUAAUGGAAACACCGGAAAAUCAAACUAAACGACCACAACAACAACAUCAACAAUUUACAAUUACAUCAUCAAUAAGUCGAUCAUUAAGUAAUAAUCUUAUACAGCAAAUUGUACAACAAAAAAGUGCAGCAUCAAAUGAACUUUUACAUCAACAUCAUCGAAGUUCAUUAUCACCACAUCAUCAUCAUCAUUCAACAACACAAUAUCAUUCACCAUUAAGACAUUCUGUAUCAUCUCAAAUGCGUCAACAACAUCAUCAUCAUUAUCAUCAUAAUCGUUUGGAUGAUAUACCACCACGUACACCAUCACCAUGUUUAUUAAUGUCAAAUUUGAUUGCAAGUCGUAUGGAUUCACCAUUAUCACCAAAUCCAUUAAAUCAUACUGCUAAUCAUCGUUUAACUGAUCUUGAUAUUGAAAUGUAUUUAGAUACAAGUCGUAAUACAACAAUGUUAAUUGAUUCACCAAAUUUAAAUAGAAUUUUUUCAACAAAUUCUUCAAUUAAUUUAACAAAUUUAUCAUUUACACAAUCAUCACCAUUAUCAUUAUCGAUACGUAGUGGUAAUACACCAUUAAUCGGUGAUAAUAAUGAUAAUCGAUCAAUCGAUUUACAAACAUUAUCCAAUCAAUCGAUUAAUCAAUCAUUUUUUCCCAAUGAAUCAACAUUUGAUUUGGCAAUGGAAUUUGUUUGGUCAGAAACAUCGAUACAUGGUCAUGGUCAUCAACCAACAUCAUCAAUGAAUCAAUCGAUGGCAACAAAAGUUUUCAUAACAUGGGAUUUUCUUGGUCAAAAUUAUCUUGGUUUAGUUAUUUCAAAUAACAAUAAUCGUUCAAAUGUUGAUCUAAUGUUAUCACCUGCAAUUGAUUCUAAAACAACAACAACAGCAAAUAAUUUAUCAACAUUAAAACUAAUACGAUUUGAUCAGGCAUCAACCACCACGAAUGUUAAUGAAGAUCUUAAUAAUAAUGAUGAUUUACAAAUGAAAUUUAAAUAUAUUUUUACAACCUGUAAAUCAUUUCAGGUUAAAGAUGCACAACCAUUAUCAUCAUUAAAUAUGAUUUUAAUUAUUGAUGAAACAAAUACCCUUAUAUUAUAUAGUGGUUUAUUUAAAGUAGCUAUUAUUCAUUUACAACAACCAACAAUGUCAUAUUUAAUGUUACAAUCGAAUCCAAUUCAUGGUUGUUUAUCAUCUGGAUUAUCAACAUCAGCUGGUUAUUCAAUGUCAACAACACCGGCAAAAUUAUCAACACAAUCAACAACAAAUUCAGCAAAAUUAUUUUCAAGAAAUUCAUUAAAAUUUCAAACACCAAUUGUUGCAAGUCCAUUACAAAUAAUGAUGAAUAAUCGUAAUGAUAAUAAUAAUUUUACACCUGAAUUAAGUGAAUUAUUGGAAUUUUCAUCUAGUGGAUCACCAAAUUUGAUUACUGGUAAUCAUCAUCAUCAUCGUCUUAUGCAUUCUUCACCAUUGGAUAAUAAUCAACAGCAACAGAAAAUUUUAUCCGAAUUUGGUUCUAUUCAACCACAAUGUCCUCCUGGUCAAUUUGGUGAAAUUAUUGGUCUUUGUGAUUCGAUUGAUAAUCGUGUUACAAUUGUACAACGAUCACCAACCAAUGAUGAUGAUUGUCAAUUAUAUCGUUUAUCAUUUCCAUUAAUGGCAUCAACAUUUUUAGUUGAUAAAUGUUUAGCCGCAUUACGACAAACAUUACCAAAAGAUCAAUUUAUACAUUUGUUAGCUACAUGGUAUACAUAUCGUAAUUCAACAAAUAAUGAUGAAGAUAUACCUGAAUAUAUACUAUUUAAAUUAUGUUUAUUAUCAUCAAUCGGUUUUGAUAAAGAAUAUUUUAAACAUUAUUAUCUUGGUAAAAGGGAAAUUAUUUGUUCAUCAUCGAAUUCAAAUCUUAAAUUUAAUUUGAAUACAUUUGAUAAUAUGGAACAAGAUGAUAAUAAUAUCGAUGUUAAUAUUGAUAAACAUGGAAUGGAAAGUAGUAAAAAAAUUCGUAUCGAUAAUGAUUUAGAUAAUAAUGGUAAUGAUGAUGAUUUUUAUCAAUUAAUGGCAGAAAUUAAUAAUGAUGAUUGGACAUCAACAACGAAUCAAUCGAUUCGUAUGGAUCAUAAACAAUCAUCAUCAUCAUCAUCAUUAAAAUCACAAAAUUUUAAUUGUCCUGGUUUUCUUUAUCCAUAUACACCACAUAUAUUAUAUUCAUUACAUUUGGUUUAUGAAGAUCUGAAAUUAGUUGAAAUGAAUUGGCCAUUAUGUAGAUCAUUAGUUGAUAUUUUAUAUCUACUAGCUACAAAUCUUAAUCUUUCCAAAUAUCUUGAUCAUUAUUAUCGUGAUUUUUAUCAAAUUUGUCAAAAAAUAUCAACCGAAUUUAAUCAACAAUUUCAUCAAUAUAAAGAUCGUUUAAUUUAUCCAUCAUAUUUUUGUCAACAACGACCACCAUCAAUUUAUAAUACAUUGUAUACAUUGUUGAAUGAUUUUCAUAACGAUGAUGGUGCUGCUUCUCAAACAUCAUCAUCAUCAACAACAGUAUUGUUUCCAUAUCUUGGAUCGGCAACAAAAUCUACAUCGAAAUCAUCAAAUGAAAAUGCAAAUGUUGUUACACCAAAUCUAUUCAAUAUGAUAUUAUUAUAUUCAAAUUUGAAUCAAAAACAAUUAAUACAUCCACAUCAAGUUUUACAACAUAUUGGUCAUAAUAGUUUUAAUUUUGAUUCAAAUCCAUCAGCAUUUAUGAAUAUAAAAAAAUUUGAACAAAUUAUUGAUAUUUAUGAUUGUAAUGAUGAUGAUCAAAAUAUGAUAAGAAGAAAAAAUUCAUCAAUGGAAAAAAUUUUAUUAUUAAUGUCAGCAUUAAAUAUACGUAGAGAAUAUAUAAAACGUUUACCAUUUGGAUUAGCACUGCCAUUAUGGAAUAUAAUCUAUUAUUUUCGUGAUAAUCCAAGAAAAGAUUGGUGUACAUCAUUAUAUUCAUUAGUUGAUCGACCAGAUCUUUUAGCAUUAGAACAACAACAACCAUAUUGUUUUGUACAAUUAUCAUCAUCAUCAUCAGCGAAACAAAUGUCAACAAAUGAAUCAAUACAAGAAGAACUUGAAUAUUUUGAUAUGUCAAUCAUUAGAUUAUUAUUUCCAAAUGAUCAACGAUUAUUUGAAGCAUUUCGUAUGUUAUUAUCAUCAAAACCAAUGAUUAUUGAUAUUAAACAAGAACCAGGUGUACCGGAUAAUGAAUUUGUUGAAGAACAAGAAAAACAUUUAUUAGCAUUAUCAUUUCGUACAAUGGCAUUACCACUUGGACGUGGUAUGGUUACAUUACGUUCAUAUAGUCCAACUGUUAUUGAACGUUUUCCAAUACCACCAUUAAUAUUACAUGGAAAAGUUCCACCAAGACAUUUAAUACAUUUAAGUCAUAUUGAUGUACCACCAAAUAUGAAUGUAUGGCCAUUAUUUCAUAAUGGUGUAUCGGCUGGUUUAAGAAUUUCAUCCGCACCAAAUCGUAUGGUUGAUUCAUCAUGGAUUUUAUAUAAUAAACCAUCAAAUAAUCAAUCGGCUGAUGAUCAUUAUGAACAUGCUGGAUUUUUACUUGCACUUGGUUUGAAUGGUCUUUUAGAUAAUCUUUCUAUAAUGCAUUUACAUGAUUAUCUUUCAAAAGGAAAUGAUUUAACUAAAGUUGCAAUAUUAUUAGGAUUAUCUGCAUCACGUCGUGGUACAAUGGAUUCAACUGUUUUUGCUUUACUUGGAAUUCAUUUAGAAGGUUUAUUACCAUCAACAAGUACUGAAUUAGAUGUUUCACCAAUUGUUCGUGUUGCUGCCGUUUUAGGUACUGGACUUUUAUUUCAAGCAACUGGAAAUCGUUAUAUAGCUGAAGUAAUGCUUACAGAAAUCGGUAGACCACCUGGUCCAGAAAUGGAACAUUAUAUUGAUCGUGAAUCAUAUGCAUUAUCAGCUGGUUUAGCAUUUGGUUUAGUAACACUUGGUCGUGGUAAUCAUUUAAUGAAUGUAACAACAUCCGAUGGAAUAUCAAUACCUGAUCAACUGAAUCAUUAUAUGUUAGGUGUACAUAAAAAAAUGUCUGCAUUACAAAAAGAAAAAACUAAAACACCAAGUUAUCAUAUACGUGAAGGUGAUUGUAUUAAUGCCGAUGUAACAAGUCCUGGUGCAACAUUAGCAUUAGGUAUGAUGUUUUUUGAUACAGGAAAUGCAGCUAUUGUACAAUGGUUAGAAGUACCUGCUACACAAAAUCUACUUGAAAUGGUACGACCAGAUUUUCUUCUUUUACGUGUUUUAGCAAAAAAUCUAAUAAUGUGGUCAUCAAUACGACCAACAGCCGAAUGGAUUGAUUCACAUAUACCGGAUAUUAUUUAUGAUAGUGCAUUUCAACGUAAUACAAAUGUUGAAAAAGGUCUGGAAAAUGAAAUGAUGUUUAUCGAUAAUUUAGAUUAUGAAACAAUGACACAAUCAUAUUGUAAUAUUAUUGCUGGUGCUUGUUUUGCAUUAUCACUUCGUUUUGCUGGUACAGCCAAUGAUCAAGCAUUUCAAGUUGUUUAUAAAUAUACAUGUAAAAUGGUUACAUUAAGUCAAAAAGGUACAAAUACACAGAUUGAACAAGCUGGCCGUUCAACAAUUGAAUCAUGUGUAAAUGUAUUGAUUGUUUCAUGUUCAAUAAUUAUGGCCGGAACUGGUAAUGUUGAUAUAAUGCGUAUUUGUCGUUUUUUACGUUGUCGUAUAAAUCAAACACAUGUUUUAUAUGGAUCAUUUAUGGCUAUUCAUAUGUCAUUAGGUUUAUUGUUUUUAGGUGGUUGUCGAAUGACAUUAAAUUCAUCACCUGAAUCUGUUGCUGCAUUAAUUUGUGCAUUUUUUCCCAAAUAUCCAAUACAUACUAAUGAUAAUCGUUAUCAUUUACAAGCAUUUCGUCAUCUAUAUGCAUUAGCAAGUCAACCAAGAUUAUUAAUACCAACUUGUAUUGAUACUGGUGUUUCACUUUAUGCACGAAUACGUUAUACUUUUCGUAAUGAUAAUAAAAAUAAUGAUAAAUCAUUAGUGACUGUAGUGGAAAAAAUGGCACCAUGUUUAUUACCGGAUCUUAAUCGAUUAGAAACAGUUGAAUUAAUUGAUCAAAAUUAUUGGCCAAUUGAAUUUGAAAAUGGAAAAAAUUUUAUUAAAUUACAACAUUGUCUUACAUCGAAUAGUGGCCAUCUUUAUAUAAAACGAAGAAUUAAAGGAUUUAGUUAUAAUAAAGAUUUUAUCUAUAAUAAUAAUAAUGAUAAAAAUGUUGUUAUUAAUGGUAGCCGAUUAUCAUCAUUAUCAAAUGGACAACGAUUUAAUCAAAAACAAAGUUUUACAUUGUUUGAUUUUACCAAUGAAACAAUAUUGAAAACAUUUUCAAAAAUUUUCAAUCGUACUGGUCAUCUUACUGAUUGUGAAUUACGUAUGAAAAAUAAGAUUAAUUCAAUUUUAUAUGAUUGUGCUGAAGAUGAACGUUUGGAUUUGUUUGUACCAUCUAUUCAAUUGGUUGCUUCUUGUAUGGCUAUUGUUAAUCGUUGUCAACAACAACAACAACAAUCACCAUUGAUAUCAAGCAUGAUGACAGCCAAUAAUGAUGGUUCGAUUGGUUCGAAAACAAUCAUCGAAUAUAAAGCAAAUAAAUCAUUAAUAUUAUGGCAAAUACGAAUGGCAUCAAAUUAUCUUAAUCAUCAUUGUUCAAUGAAAUCAAUGAUGUCAAUAUUUCGUAUGAUUGAAACAAUUCAUUUUCAAUUAGAAGAUCAUAUACGAACAAAUGUUGAACGAAAAAAAUUAUUCGAUUAUAUUCGUGGACAAUCAUCAAUUCAACAGAUUUGUAACAAUAAUAAUAAUAAUGACAGUGAUAAUGAAUCAUUAAUUGAAUCGAUUGUCUAUUUUAACAUUAUACCGAUCAUCAAUGAUGGUAACCAUAUGAUGAAUAAUACAUUCAAUAUGAUUAAAUGGCUAAAACGUUCCAAUCAAUCGGCAUUAUUUUUAUGUGAUAUAUUGAAAAAUUGUUCAUUAUAAUUGAAAAAUUUGUGAUUUAUUUGUCAAAACUCAAAUUUAAAUAUUUAAAAAAAAAUUAAAACUGAAUUGCUAUACUUUUUUUUUCUUUUAGUUUUAAAACAUACAAAGAAUGUGAGCGUAAAAAUAAAACAAAGGGGACAAGAAAAACAAUUGGGGAUGUUUGUGUGGAAAUGAGAAUAAAAAUCAGUUAUAGAGUA